GCGGAGCGGGGAGGAGGGAGGCGAGCGGCGGGCGCGCCGCGGCCCCGGGAGGAUGGUGUCCCAGCUGAGCGCCCUGCAACGGGAGCUGCUGGGCGCCCUGCUCAGCUCCGGGGCCACCAAGGAGGGGCUGAUCCGCGCCCUGGAGGACAUGGUGCCCGCCGCCGGCUUCGGCGUCAAGCUGGAGAGCCUUCCGCUGUCUCCCGGCGGGCCCCCCGACGGCAGGGCCGCCCUCCCGCCGCUGGCCAACGGGCACGGCAAGGGCAAGCUCUCGGGCGACGAGGGCUCCGAGGACGGCGACGACUUUGACACGCCGCAGAUCCUCCGCGAGCUGCAGUCGCUCAACACGGAGGAGGCCGUGGAGCAGCGGGCAGAGGUGGAGAGGAUGAUCAGCGAGGACCCGUGGCGGGCAGCGAAGAUGAUCAAGGGCUACAUGCAGCAGCACAACAUCCCGCAGCGRGAGGUGGUGGAUGUCACCGGCCUCAACCAGUCCCACCUCUCGCAGCACCUCAACAAGGGCACCCCCAUGAAAACCCAAAAGAGAGCUGCCCUCUACACGUGGUACGUCCGCAAGCAGCGGGAGAUCCUCCGCCAGUUCAACCAGACAGUCCAGGGUUGUGGAAAUAUGACAGACAAAGGCAGUCAGGAUCAGCUGCUGUUUCUCUUUCCAGAGUUCAAUCAGCAGAACCAGGGGGCUGCCCAGCUCGACGACGCCUGCUCUGAAACCCCCAGCAAGAAGAUGCGGCGCAAUCGCUUCAAGUGGGGGCCGGCCUCCCAGCAAAUCUUGUACCAAGCCUACGAGCGCCAGAAAAACCCCAGCAAGGAGGAGCGCGAAUCUCUGGUGGAGGAGUGCAACAGGGCCGAGUGUCUGCAGCGAGGAGUGUCCCCCUCCAAGGCACACGGGCUGGGCUCCAACCUGGUGACGGAGGUCCGAGUCUACAACUGGUUCGCCAACCGGCGCAAGGAGGAGGCUUUCCGCCAGAAAYUGGCCAUGGACGCCUACAGCUCCGGCCAGCCCCCGCACAGCAUGAACCUGCUGCUGUCUCACGGCUCCCCGCACCACAACCAGCCCAGCGCCUCCCCUCCCAGCAAAAUGCCAGGGGUGCGCUACAGCCAGGCGGCGAGCGGCGAGGUGGCAUCCUCGGGGGCCAUGAGCCACCACGGCAGCGGUGCCAUGGUCACCACCAGCCAGGCCGUCCUGCAGCAGGUCUCCCCGGCCGGCCUGGACCCGGGCCACGGUUUGCUCUCUCCCGACGGUAAAAUGAUCUCCGUGUCGGGAGGCGGGCUGCCCCCGGUGAGCACCCUGACCAACAUCCACAGCCUGUCCCACCACAACCCGCAGCAGUCCCAGAACCUCAUCAUGACGCCACUCUCGGGAGUCAUGGCCAUCGCCCAGAGUCUGAACACGUCGCAGGCUCAGAGUGUCCCGGUGAUCAACAGCGUGGCCGGCAGCCUGGCAGCCCUGCAGCCCGUGCAGUUCUCGCAGCAGCUGCACAGCCCGCACCAGCAGCCGCUGAUGCAGCAGUCCCCGGGGCACAUGGCGCAGCAGCCCUUCAUGGCCACCGUGACCCAGCUGCAGAACUCGCACAUGUACGCUCACAAACAGGAGCCCCCCCAGUAUUCGCACACGUCGCGCUUCCCCUCGGCCAUGGUGGUGACGGACACCAGCAGCAUCAGCACGCUCACCAACAUGUCUUCCAGUAAGCAGUGUCCCCUGCAAGCCUGGUGAUGCUCUACACCUCGCUGCUUUUGCACAUAGCAACGGGAUCUCAUUUUCCACGACAUGCCGGCGGCGAGCUGCGCGCAGAGCCCGGGAGCCGCCCGCCGGAGCGGAGCGCAGCCCAGCAGCGAGGAGCCGCACACGGAGCCGGGGCUCGGGGCUCCGCGCCCGCCGGGACCGCCCGGACCCGCCUCUCCUUCCCUCCACRCAGUAUUUCCAAGAUUGGUCUCGGGGAUGUUUUUUUUUUCUGAAGUGUUCGCCGUCCAAGAGGCUCUCCCGAGGAGCGAGGAACGGGCUGUGYUGGGAAGUGGCAGGAGGGGAAGAUGGACCAUGUUUGAGUUAAACUCCUGCACUCGGCGGACGGAGAGGGACCGGGGUCUGUUACGUGGCGUUUGGAGGGAGGAGUUGCAUGUGUUGUUGAACUGAGCCAAUUAAACUGUAAAUAUAGGUACAGUCUGCUCCAUCCUCCCCUCUCCCCACUCCUAUACAUACAGAUUUAUAUAAAAAAAGAAGUAAAUUUUGUCCAAUGGAUGUAAACUACUGUAAUUAAGUGCAAUCCCCCCAUCUGUAUAUAUUGGUCCUGAAUAUCUUCUCUUUUUCCUUUUUU